UUUCUCUUGACUCACGACAGUCCGCGUAGUCGACUCGUGUUCGUACCGUAAACGUUGGAGAAAAAGGUUAUAAUUUCUAACCAGAUCACCACUUUUUGAGCACGAUGUACGACGACUACAACGAGUACGAUACCUAUGACGAUUACGGGCCGUCAGAUGAACAGUAUGACCGAACGAGUUAUCGGCAACUGCCCGAGAUCGUGCGCAACUUUCUCGUAUUCUUGCGCAAUUGCAUCAACGAUGGCAUGAUCUUCGAGAUCCAGAACCUCUAUGAGAACUCGUUUCCCAAGAUCUCGGAGCAACUGUUCGACAAGUCGCCAUGGCCCGAGGCGUCCACGAUCGCUCAUCUAGUUGACAACGACCCAGUGUUCCUCACCCUCUACAAGGAACUCUACUACCGUCAUAUCUACGCUCGCAUGCAGGGACCCACAUUGGAACAGCGUCUGAAUUCCUUCUACAAUUAUUGCGACCUCUUCAACUAUAUCCUGCAUCCGGAUACGCCGGUGCAGCUGGAAUUACCUGAUCAAUGGCUGUGGGAGCUGAUCGAUGAGUUUGUCUACCAGUUCCAAUCGUUUGCCCAAUAUCGUGCCAAUUUAUCCAACAAAACUCCAGAUGAGAUUGACAAUUUAAACGCACACAAUAAAAUUUGGGACGUGCUCUGCGUUUUGAAUGUUCUGCAUUAUCUGGUGGACAAGUCGAAGAUCAAGAGCCAGUUAGAAGUAUACGCAAGCGGUGGCGAUCCGGAUUCCGUGGCUGGUGCCUUUGGCCGGCAUUCUCUGUAUAAGAUGCUCGGCUACUUCUCGCUCGUCGGUCUCUUGCGACUGCACUCGCUAUUGGGUGAUUAUUACCAAGCCAUCAAAGUGUUGGAGAAUGUGGAGCUGUACAAGAAGAGUGCGUACUCACAUGUGCCCGGCUGUCAGAUCUCGACGGCGUAUUACGUAGGCUUCGCAUACAUGAUGAUGCGUCGUUACGCGGACGCGAUCCGCACCUUCUCCGGCAUCCUGCUGUACAUCCAGCGCACGAAGCAGCUGUUCGCGACACGCAGCUACCAGAACGAUCAGAUUAACAAGCAAACCGAGCAGAUGUAUCACUUGCUCGCGAUCUGCCUGGUCCUUCAUCCGCAAUGCAUCGACGAAGGCCUGCAGCAAGCACUGCGGGACAAGAACUACCACGAGAAGAUGUACAAGAUGCAAUAUGGCGAUUUAACUGAGUUUGAGAACUGCUUCGUGUUCGCGUGUCCUAAGUUUCUUUCCUUGACGCCACCGAAUCCGGAGAAUCCUAACGAGGACUACGUUCGCGAAGCCAUCAAGCAUCAAACCCAGGUGUUCAUGGAUGAGGUGGUGCAACAGAAGAUGCUGCCGACUAUUCGCUCAUACCUAAAGCUCUACACAACACUGCCCUUGAGUAAAUUGGCGACUUUCAUGGGCAGCAAUUCGCGCUCCGACGAGAGCUGGGAUCUGGACAAGGAGGUGAACGCGUUGACGAUCCACUUAUUAUGCUUCAAGCACAAGAUGAAGAAUAUUGUCUGGACGAAAGGCACGUCGGGAUUAGACGGCAAAUUCCAGUCCGGAUCCGAGCUGGACUUCUACAUUGACCACGACAUGAUUCACAUAGCCGACACGAAAGUAGCGCAUCGAUACGGUGACUUCUUCAUUCGCAAGAUAUUGAAGUUCGAGGAAUUGAAUCGCAAGCUGCAUCAUAUAAAAAUUUAAGUAUUAUCUCGUCAGGAAAAAUUGCGAAGUAUGGGAAUAAAGGAGUUUUUAAAGAUAAAUAUUAAUUUUUAUUAAACAUUCUCAUAUUGUAGAUUUCUCUCUGUAAGUUCGAAGAAUCGCGAACGUCAUAUAAAAAUUUAAUUAUCUCGGCAGACAAAAAGAUGCGAAAGAUACGGAGAAAGAGGAAAUAAAAGAAUUUUUAAAGAUAAAUAUUUAUUUUGAUUAAACAUCCUGAAAUUGUAGAUUUCCCUUUGAUUACAAUAUAGAUUACGAUAAAAUAUAAUGAUCCGCGUUUGGCAGUGCACUGUGAUAUAAUGUACAGAUAAUAGUAAUUGUGUAUGAGAAUUUGCAUUCAUGUAUUUCGUAUUUCUUAUCACAUUCGAAAUAUCCAUACACAAUUCUGUAUAUCAGGACAAGUAAAAUUUAACAUCAAUCGCAUCUCGCGUUCAGCGUUCAGUAAAAUCUAAAGUGCAACUGUAAAAUCCAUUAUAUAUGUAUAUAUACGCGAUACAUCUUGUCAAUAUAAAUUACUCUAAACUUGA